GCGAGUCUUUCGUGACGUCACGACGUCGACUGCAGUGAACCGGAGUGGAAGCGCAAGCUCGAGCGCCGCGUCGAAGCGCAGCGACGUUUUCAUCUCAUUUAAUUUCCUCUUCAUCCACAGGCCCGCUUCGGACGGUCUGAUCUCGAACCCACAACAACAGCUGGAUGCUCGGAACAAACCGGGGUCUGAACCAGCAGAAGAGAACCAGACGCUCGCGCGCGAUAUUCGCUGGCUCUGAUGGUCCUCAUCAGCCUGUGACUCUCAGAGACUCCAGCAUCAGUCCUCAUGUCUGCUCUACAGGUGUCAUGGCCGCCGGGCACCGAGUGUGUGGCCAAGUAUAACUUCCAGGGCAGCACAGAACAGGACCUGCCCUUCUGCAAAGGAGACCUGCUGACCAUCAUCGGCGUGACCAAGGACCCAAACUGGUACAAAGCGAAGAACUCUGUUGGCCGAGAGGGAAUGAUUCCCGCAAACUACGUCCAGAAGAGAGAAGGCGUCAAAUCUGGAGGAAAACUCAGUCUGAUGCCGUGGUUUCACGGUAAGAUCACGCGUGAGCAGGUGGAGCGGCUGCUGUAUCCUCCGGAGACCGGGCUGUUCCUGGUGCGCGAGAGCACGAACUACCCCGGAGACUACACGCUGUGUGUGAGCUGCGACGGCAAGGUGGAGCACUACCGCAUCAUCUACCACAGCGGCAGACUGUCCAUCGACGAGGAGGAGUACUUCGACAACCUCAUGCAGCUGGUGGAGCACUACACCAGAGAUGCUGACGGUCUGUGCACACGCCUCAUUAAGCCCAAGCUGAUGGAGGGGACGGUGGCGGCGCAGGACGAGUUCUCCAGGAGUGGAUGGGCUCUCACCAGUAAAGAUCUCAAAAUCAUUCAGACCAUCGGCAAGGGAGAGUUCGGAGACGUGAUGCUGGGAGAUUACCGAGGGACGAAGGUGGCAGUGAAGUGCAUCAAACACGACGCCACGGCUCAGGCCUUCCUCGCUGAAGCUUCAGUCAUGACUCAGCUGAGACACACUAACCUGGUGCAGUUAUUAGGGGUGAUCUUGGAGGAACAAGGCAGUUUGUGCAUCGUGACUGAAUACAUGUCUAAGGGCAGUCUGGUGGAUUACCUGCGCUCUCGGGGCCGGACCGUGUUGGGAGGCGAGUGUCUGCUCAAGUUCUCUCUGGACGUCUGCGAGGCCAUGGAGUAUCUGGAGGCCAAUAACUUCGUGCACAGAGAUCUGGCGGCUCGUAAUGUGCUGGUGUCCGAUGAUAACAUCGCUAAAGUCAGCGACUUCGGACUGACCAAAGAGGCUUCGUCCACUCAGGACACGGCCAAGCUGCCCGUCAAAUGGACGUCGCCCGAGGCGCUGCGAGAGAAGAGGUUUUCUACGAAAUCCGACGUGUGGAGCUAUGGUGUCCUUCUGUGGGAGAUCUACUCUUUCGGACGGGUGCCGUACCCCAGAAUCCCGCUGAAGGAGGUGGUGCCGCGGGUGGAGAAGGGCUAUAGGAUGGAGGCUCCUGACGGCUGUCCGGUCGCCGUCUAUGACCUGAUGAAGCAGUGCUGGACGCUGGACCCCACCGGACGACCCUCGUUUCGUCUGCUGCGUGAGAAGCUGCAGCACAUCAGAGCUAAAGAGCUGCACCUGUGAGAGCUACACAUCACAAACCAAACCUCGCACUGUGGCUCCACACACUCUGUGAACUUGGACGUGGACUGUUAAUCUGGACGCUCUCCUGUGAUCUUUGACACGAGAGGAGGAACACACUGACGCGAGUGUGUGUGUGUGCAUGUGUGAGAGUGCAUGUACGAGUGUGUAUGCGUUUGAGUGAGAGUAAGAGUGAGUGAGUGUGUGUGUGUGUGCUUUUUUCUGCAAUGUGUGUGUGAGCUUGAGUGUGCAUGAGCAUGUAAGUGUUUGAGUGUGAGUGUGCAUGAACGUGUGUGUGAGUGCGUGAGCGUUUGUCUGCGUAAGCAUGUAAGAGUGUGUGUGCAAACCGUGCAAGAGUGAGUGUGCGAUGGCAUGAGUGUGUGUGAGCAUGUGAGAGUGUGUGUGAGUGUACGUGAAAGUGAGAGUAUGCGUGUGUAAACGUGUGAGUGCACGUGUGUACGAGAGUGUGUUUGAGCAUAUGUGAGUGUGAUAGCGUGAGUGUGUGUGAGCAUGUGAGAGUGUGUGUGAGAGAUGGUGUGAGUGUACGUUCACGUGCUAGUGCCAGUGUGUAUGCAUGAGUAAGAGUGUGUGUGUGUGUGUGUGUGUGUGUGUCAAAGUGCCUGCUGGAGUUGACGGAGCAGUGCCUGUGUUCCUCUGACAGCAGACUCAACGCCUGUCUUUUUUAUUCUUUUCUUUUUUUAAAUGGCUCUUUUUUUAAUGUCUGAUUUUCUUCUGCACCAAGACGGGUUUGUGUUCACUAGCACCAGACUGAACUGAUACAGUGAGCUGGGAAACACACACAUUCUCACACACACACACCCCAGCUGAGCUCACAUGCCUGCCACCUCACACACACACACACACACACACUGCCUCUAGUGGACUCGGAGGAUCAGUCGAUCAGAACUCUUGGUCUGUUUUAUAUUAAAAUCUAUUUAAGAAGUGAGGUCAGAUGGACUCGUGCAUGCUCAGAGAGGCCUUGAGUAACGUGUCAGUGCUUUUAAUGUUCAUUGUUUUAAUAUUCUGCCAUGAUUAUGAAUAAAUCAUUCCAUCUGACCAGCA